CCGCUGUUUCCUGUGCUGUAGCUCCGGUUGCGGCGGCGCCCCUGGCAGCCCUGGCGGACGCAGGAGCGAUGGCAGCGACCGACAUAGCUCGCCAGGUGGGUGAAGGUUGCCGGACUGUCCCCCUGGCUGGGCACGUGGGGUUUGACAGCUUGCCCGACCAGCUGGUGAACAAAUCAGUCAGCCAGGGCUUCUGCUUCAACAUCCUGUGCGUGGGAGAGACGGGCUUGGGCAAGUCAACCCUGAUGGACACCUUGUUCAACACCAAGUUUGAGGGGGAGCCAGCGACCCAUACGCAACCGGGUGUCCAGCUGCGAUCCAAUACCUACGACCUCCAAGAGAGCAAUGUGGGCCUGAAGCUCACAGUUGUCAGCACUGUGGGCUUUGGAGACCAGAUCAACAAAGAAGACAGCUACAAGCCCAUCGUGGAAUUCAUCGACGCCCAGUUUGAGGCUUACCUGCAGGAAGAGUUGAAGAUCCGCAGAGUGCUACACACCUACCACGACUCCCGCAUCCACGCCUGCUUGUAUUUCAUCGCCCCCACCGGUCAUUCCCUGAAGUCUCUGGACCUAGUGACAAUGAAGAAGCUGGACAGUAAAGUGAACAUCAUCCCCAUCAUUGCCAAAUCCGAUGCCAUUUCUAAGAGCGAGCUAACAAAGUUCAAAAUCAAAAUCACCAGCGAACUUGUCAGCAACGGGGUCCAGAUCUACCAAUUCCCAACAGAUGACGAGUCGGUGGCAGAGAUCAAUGGAACCAUGAACGCCCACCUGCCGUUUGCUGUCAUUGGCAGCACAGAAGAACUGAAGAUCGGCAAUAAGAUGAUGAAGGCGCGGCAGUAUCCUUGGGGCACGGUGCAGGUUGAAAACGAGGCCCACUGCGACUUUGUGAAGCUGAGGGAGAUGCUGAUUCGGGUCAACAUGGAGGAUCUACGGGAGCAGACUCACACCCGGCACUAUGAACUGUACCGCCGCUGUAAACUGGAGGAGAUGGGCUUCAAGGACACCGACCCUGACAGCAAACCCUUCAGUUUACAGGAGACGUAUGAGGCCAAAAGGAAUGAGUUCUUAGGGGAACUCCAGAAAAAAGAAGAGGAGAUGAGGCAGAUGUUCGUCCAGAGAGUCAAAGAGAAAGAAGCCGAGCUCAAGGAGGCAGAGAAAGAGCUCCAUGAGAAGUUUGACCGGCUGAAGAAACUACACCAAGACGAGAAGAAGAAGCUAGAGGAUAAGAAGAAAUCCCUGGAUGAUGAAGUGAAUGCUUUCAAACAGAGAAAGACGGCCGCUGAGCUGCUCCAGUCCCAGGGAUCCCAGGCUGGGGGGUCACAGACGCUGAAAAGAGACAAGGAGAAGAAAAACUUUUUUUAAUCUUGUCUUCAGCAGCUGCACUAAAUCUAAAGGAGAAGACUGCCAUUCUAGAAGAGUUAGGGUUCCAUUGUCUCAAACCACAAACCAACCAGCCCCCUCUGCCCUCAGAUGGCGUGUGUGCACCUGCACACACGCGCGUGCACAUACACACAUACACACACCCUCACUCAACAAGUGUUCAUGUGUCCCCGUGUCCAGGCAAGACGCUCUCUUCUGACUUACAUGGUAUUUUAAAUGGAAGUAUCUUGUUCUAACCUAAUAAGGCAGGACAAGACCCGGCCAAGCUGGAGAAGGGACCCAUUGUAACCUCAGCGACAACUCCAGGAGAACUCACCCAAGUGUAAGUGAGCUGGGGCAGGAGACCCAGCUGUGGGUGUGGCAGUGCUGUUCAAAAGGUAUUGUUGGAGAACUGUAUUUUUCUUUUUGAACAAUUCUCCGGUUCCAGGGCUUGCCUGCCUCUAGCCACUAUUACCCAUUUCGGAAUAUGGAAGCGAAAGGCCAACAUUUGGAUCUUUUUCAGCAUUCACAGACCUUCUGCAGACCUCAGCACGGGGGACAUAUGAAUCCCCUAGCUAAGCCUCGGGUGGAGAAGGGAGAGACGAGGGGGUUCUGCUUAGUUGAGAGCACAAUGACUCCAUCCACCCUUCCACAGCCAGUUGGAGCUUUGAAAUCUGUUUCUGCUCAGCCUGAGAGCUGGAGGCAGAGCGGCGAGGCUGACGAAUCUGUCUAGAGCCCACUCGUUUGCCUUGCCUUGCCUCAAAAGACCAUGUGAGUGUGCCCAUGUCCAGAGGCUCCGACUGCCGUCCCCAUUCCGCUGCCCCGUGUCUCUCGAGAGAGCUGCUCUGCAUGUUUUCCAGAAAUCUGUUUGUUGGUUUGUUUUGUUGUUGUUGUUUUGUUUUCCUUUCUUCUCCUUGGUUCAUUUUGCUCAAGGUGUGAUCAGUCACUGCCCCUCGGGGGGCCUUCAUUUGCCAGGAGAAACAUCCCAGAACCAGCACUGUUUAGCUUGAUACCUUUCUAAUGUCCAUGUCAAUUUUCAAUAAAAUUCCAAGAAAUGCUCGA